UGAUAUAUAAACCAGACCGCUCCCCGCAACCAAGGAACCAACAUUAUUUCGAAAUCAAGCGAUCGUUUUCUCGCAGCAAGAAAAGAAAUGGACCUAAGAGUGAUGGGUUUGGACCCUACCAUCAUGGAUACCCUCCAUGAGCUCCUGGACUUCCCCGAGGAAUUCGACAAGUCGUCCCACCACGCCCCAUCCCGGGCUUACGUCCGAGAUGCCAAGGCGAUGUCAGCCACGCCGGCGGACGUGAAAGAAUACCCAGAGUCUUACGUUUUAGUCAUCGAUAUGCCGGGCCUGAAGCUGGACCAGAUUAAGGUGCAAGUGGAGGAUAACAUGCUGGUGGUAAGCGGAGAGAGGAUGAGGGAGAGAGAGAAGGAUCAAGGCGUUAAGUACAUGAGAAUGGAGAGGAGGCUGGGUAAGUACUUGAAGAAGUUCAUGCUUCCGGAGGAUUCAAACCCCGAGAAGAUAUCGGCGGUCUAUCAAGACGGGGUGUUGAUGAUGACGAUGCAGAAAAAGCCGAAGCCGGAACCCAAGAAGCCGAAGACCGUUGAGGUCCAAGUUGCCUAAAGGGAGAAUAUAUUAUAUGUUGCGGCAAUAGCAUACAAAAUGGCAACGUAGGAGUUUGCCCCUUUUGUUUGAAGUGUUUUACACUUUGGGUUUGUGUAUGCAUGUGUGCUUUGUUCUGAAGGUAUAGUGUUUUGUGUGUGCUGUUAAAGAGGGAUGUAUCCGUGUCUCUCUCCCUUCGGCUUUUAUGGAUCUUUAUAAUAGCAAUAAUAAGCAUUAUUAUAAUGCUCUGU